AUGAAUUUAAAAAUAUUGUUUUCAAUUUUUUUCCUUCUAACUGGCGUCGCUGUUAUAAGUGAUUCUCAGAAAUUAAAUGUCCCCAAGUUAUUAUUGCCCUAUAACAGUUUAAUCGGCAUAAACUUCACUCUUGAGGCUACUGAAGGGUGCUUAAGUUGGAAAUCCACCAGACCGGAUAUAGCCACUGUUCAACUGAUUUAUGAUUCAGACCAUCAUGAUAACAGAAAUGAAAACAAUGAUUGUUCCAGAGUUGCCGUUGUUGCUUCAGUCACUAAAAUCCCAGAUCGUAAGACAGCCAUUAUCAUAGCCCAAGACAUUGCAUCAGGAAAAGAAUUGAGAUGUGAUGUCAUAGUCGACAAGAUAGUGUCCAUAAAAAUCCAGACAACCACUAAGGAGUUAUAUCUGGAUGAUUCACCUGAGGAGUUUGUUCUCAAGGCCUACAAUGAUAAAGAUGAUGUCUUUAGUAGUUUGGAGGGAAUGGAGUUUGAUUGGAACCUCAUGCCAGAUAAUGCUACUAGCCAGGUAGAGCAACCUGCUCCUAAUAAGGUUCUUAGAAUCUUGAAGUAUUCAGAAUCAUCCUACGUUGCUCCGUCUUACAUAAGGUCUUUGGAGCAAGAUGGCAGGAGAGGUGAUGUGAUAUUAAUCAAGGGUCUUCAUACAGGAAGUGCCAUGGUCACUGUUAGAGCUGUUGAUGAACACAUAGAAAUAGAGCCAGUAAGGACGUUAGUUGUGGCAAACUUACAGUUGGUGCCCAGUGUUGUCUACAUCAUGCCUCACACGUCUGUUCAAUUCACUGUCGAGUUGCUCAAACAGGGGAAAGCUUUCAAAGUAACAAUGCCGUCAUCUAUCUACUACCUGCACACCAAUGAUGAUGACGUCAUUUUCUUGGAUGUGACUACAUCUACCAUCACUGGUCUCACCGUUGGACACACUGAUGUCAGACUUAAAGGACAAAAUGCUCAGCUGGCUGGUGUCUUCAGAGAGCCAAGUGCCGGAGUUUAUGUUGUUGAGCCAUCAUACAUUGAAUUUUCCAUAUCUCCUGCUUGCAAUUGGGUCUUGGAGACAGACAAGGAAUAUGCAAUGCAUAAAGUGAGAAUAGAGUUAAACCUCCCUCAAGAAUUCCAAUUGUUGGACUCAUCAGUUAAUGGAUCGUACCAUUACGUUAAGGCUAAGCAAAAAGGGGUGUUCAGCCUGUAUGCUAAGCUGGCUGCUAUUGUCAAGGAUGGUGGCGUUGCAAUCAGAUAUGAAUCAGUGGACGGCAGCCAUGAUCUGGAGGUCAUCAAUUCCAUUGUGGUGAAUGUCAAACAGGCAAGAGGUGGAAAAGGGAAAUACGUCUGGAAGGCAGAUGACAACUUGAUGAUACAAAUUGUAGCGACAGCAAGCGGUGGUAACGUUGGGAUUUCUGAGGCUACUGCUGCUGAGAGUGGCAGCGCUCUUGUUCAAAUUCAAAGUGACCGGGUAAGGAUGAGCUAUGUUAGAGCCAUUGAUGCUAAACAUCCAACAUUCAAAGAUGAUUGCCUUAUAUCUGUCUUGCCGCCAAAACGGAUUGAAAUAAAUGAGAGUCAUGUUGAGGUGGUGUUGAAUGAAGAAGUCACCAUACCAUUUGCUCUUAUUCUGUCUGAUGGCACUAAUGACUUUCCAGCUUAUGCAUGUGAACAUUUGGACUUCAUCAUCUCCGCGUCAAAUGAUAACAUAUUUGAUCAUAUAGAAGUUCACCAGCUGAAAUCAUUUUCAUCAUCAUCAAAGCCAUCAUUGUUAUCAACAUCCCCUUGUGCUGCUUUGAGGAUGAAAGCUAAAAAUUUGGGAACCACAGAGCUGUUUGUAACGUACACAUACAAUGAUGUUGUCAUUGGUAGUAGUUUUGUCUUGGCUGUCUAUCAACCAUUGAUGUUGGUAAGUCCGGACAAUUUUGUAACAAUAAGUCCUGGAACGUCCAGCAAGGUGGUGGUUGUGGGUGGGCCAAUGCCAUGGCUCUUAGACGAUACCAAAUAUUUUAGGAAGGUUACCACGAGAGCUGUCGGCGGAGCUGAUGGAGAAGAAGAUGAUGAUGAACAGAGUGGCUCGUCUAUUUCAUUUUCUGAUAUUGAAUCAAUAUCACAUUCUAGCGGGCAGAUGCACACGUUCACUGUUUUCUGCCACGAGGAAGAUGAGAAGUUCAUUAGAUUAUCAGUUGGCAAUGGACCAACGGCUCAUAACCGUAGGCCAGCUGUCUCACAGCUUUACGUACCGGUUUCUUGUUCCGAGCCAAAGUUUUUGAAAAUUUCAUCUCAGCCAUAUGUCGAGGAGAUGCUGGAGGGAUGUGAUUUGAAGGCUUUCAAACGGGCUGCUAUUCCAGUACCAGCCGGUCAAGAAGUGCAUUUAAAAGUAAACUUAUACAACAGACAUUCAAAUAAAAUUGAAAACACGACAUCUGUUGCUAUUAAAUGGAGUUUAUCUGAUGCCAGUUUGGCUUCAUUUGACAUUGAGUCUGCAGAGGAUCGUGGUGCUCUCUCUUAUGGAGACAAUGUACUGUUGCACACAAAUGGUUACAAUGGUGAUCUGGCGGUUUCUGUCACUGUGGAGAUGUACAAUCAUCUCUAUGGCAACAGGAAGAUGGAUCCGAUCCUUAGUGACCAGAUAAACUUCCAUCUGUUGAAAUAUCCAACUUUAUCAUCGUCAUCGCCGGUUCUUUUGAACAGUCCAUACAUUAAGGGCAGAGUGAUUAUUUCCCAUGGUUCCGGACAGUUUGACGUUUCCAACAACUCGGCAACUGCCGCCCUGGUGACUUGCAAUGAUGAUGGUGAUAAUAGAGAUGGCGCUAGUAAGGAUAGUAGUGGGGCUGCUAGUUUAAGAGAAAUAUUGAUCACUCCACUAAGAGAGGGUAGAUGUGAGAUAAUAGUAACAGACAGGUGUUUACUACCCAUUAAGCACAUCAUGCUGAACCUGCCACUUGAGGACAAAGACAUCAAAAAUGACGUCACCGACAAAACUGUCGACGUCACGUACAAGUUAAUCAUCAGAGUAACUGAUAAAGACAACAUCACCAUACCCAGUGAAUAUUUUCACCUCAUGGCCUUUCAAGUAUUCUCUACUGAUGAACGUGUUCUCUCCGUUGGAAACCAGCUGAAAUUAUUGGACGAGCACUCGGCUUACUUAACUGUUCGCACGAGAUCUGUGGGCAAGACAUCCAUCCACAUUGAAGCAACCAUCAACGGGAAUCUCGCCGACAACAUUAAAACUGGUAGCAGUAGUAGAAGUAGUAGCGAUAAGGGUAGUGGUAGCGGCAAAAGUGCUGGUAGUGGUGAUGUUUAUAGUUAUGACGUCAUCAGUAAUGCUGUUGCCGUUCAGCAAGUUAUUUUGAUGAAAAGUUUUGAUACCCUGCAGGUGACAACAUCUGGAGGUCCACAGACCGACUGCUUGAUCAACUACCACCUACAGCCCAUCUCCGAAGUCAGUGAGACGAAUCGGAAGCAGAGUAAGCAGAGGAAGGAUGGUGAGCAUCCAGUAGCAGUCGUCGAUAAGCAAGGAUUAGUGACAGCAGUUAGUGUCGGGGAGGUUAAAGUUGUGGCAGAAUGUUCUAGGAGUUGGGACGCUGGAGCUGGUGAUCAAUUGAUAUAUUCACAAGCCAGCAUGUCCCUGAGUGUUGUUCAGAUGGCUGGCGUCAAGAUAUUUUCACCUGUGCAGAAAGUUCAAGUUCCAUUGUAUGCCGUUGGCUCGCACAACAGAACUAUCGAUCCAUAUUCAUUCUCGGAAGAAUGCAAAUUCCACUGGACGAUCAGUGAUCAUCAUGUCGCCCAAUUAAGACCUGCCUUUCAUAAGACAAAUUUUUCAACAAAAAGUAGCGGAAACUUCGCCCAGAGGUUGAUGGCUUUGAGGUCAGGUCAUGUGACAGUGACCUUGAGGGUAAACAAGGAAGAUGGCACACAGAUGAUUGACAGUAUUACCGUUAAAAUUGUAGAUAGAUUCCAGAUGCUCUCGCCCAGCAUCCAACCAGCUCACGUCCUCCUCACCCCAAACACACAACUUAAACUACUAUCCAAUUUUAAACUCAGCAGCAGUUACAAGCCGAAAGAUGGAACAGUUCACUUUAGUGAAAGUGAAGGGGUGCUCGAGUCGACAUCUGCUAUCGGUAGUUUUCCUGUGAUUUUUGAAGCUCACCAUACAAAUCUAGGUGGUGGUGUUGAUAGUAGUAAAAUUAGUAUGGCUAGUCAUGAUGAUGAUGGUGAUGAAGAUCGUUAUCAUGCCAACAAGAUGCAGACUUUUGUUGCUAAGGUAAAACCAAUAUCAUACAUAAUGAUAACGCCCGUGACCCACUUGCAUAUUUAUGGCAAUCAAUCUCUGUCAAGUUUUCCUAUUGGUUUGGAAUUUGACCUAAUUGUGACAUUUCACGAUGAGAUUGGCUUCAAAUUUGAUGCAGUGAAUGUUGAUUGGGCAAUUGCUAUGAAUAAACACUCCAGUUUGAAGAUAUUAGAAGACCAGCAGCAUCAUCACCAACUGAUGAUGAAGAACGGCACACUGAAGAUGAUGGCGAUGAAUAGCGGAUUUUCCGUUGUGAAGGGUCAACCAGCUUCCUGGUCAGUGCCAGAUGACCUACUUUUUAUCAACAGCCAAUCAGGGGUGGCUGUGGCUUAUCAGUUGGGAAAUUCAGAAGUCAUCUUUAAUUUCAAUUCAUUUGUGACGUCAACGAAGGUGAAAAUCACACCUGUAUUGAGGUACCUGAUAAGAUUGGAUGGUGCUGAUAGUGACCUCCUUUCAGAUGCCAUGUCUGUCAAGUUGGUUCGAGUGCUGCUCGUUGGAGAAAAAAAUGACGAAAGCUGCAUGGAAAAGGUCAAAGUUGAGCAGUUGAACGUGACUAACUUUCUUUACCAGUGCCAUGCAGAGUUUUCCACCAUACAUCCUCAUGACGAUGCUGAUGUCAAACUUGGAGACAUACUUAAUGUCGAACCUUUUUUCAGUUAUACAACUGUCCAUCUAACCAUCAAUCCACCUAUUUUAUCGACUGUUCUCACUGCAUCACCUGGAUCGCACCUUCAGCCCCAGCCUGAAGGAGCUGUAUUAAAAUUUGUACCUGCUUUCCAUGUGCUUGAUGCAGAUAUGUACAAGGUGUCUUAUGGCAUUCCUGAUGCUUACCUUAGGGUACUAGCCAGGAAAGAUGUCGUUGAUUGUAUAAAGGUAAAAUCAGAGAAUGACAUUGUGCUACAAGCUGACAAACAUCCAUCGUCCAUGGACGGCGACGUCGUCUCAUUUCGCGUAACGCUGCCGAGACCCUUGCCAAGUUAUAUCACCGAUAACCUUCCUAAAUGGGUCAAGGUCGUAUUGAGGUGUGAGGAUAUAGGUCAGGAAGUGGGUGUAAAUGUUAAGAUAUCUCUGGACGGUGAUGAGGAAAGAGAUGAGGAUGAUUUGGCAGCUGCGCCAUCAUCACUAUCGCCAUUUUCAAUAUGGCGACGACUGAGGGUCGGUCUGCGUGCGUAUUACGAAUGGGUGUUCUACAUCUUCCUCUGCCUCUUCUCCUUCUUCUGUCUCUUCUCGACUUACAUGUUCUUCAAUCCACCCCCGCCAUCAAGUGCUUCCGCAUCGUUAUCUUCGCCAUCAUCACCGUUUGUAUCAUCACCUGGGGCUUAUUAUUCUCGUUCGCCCACAACCACCUCCCCACAAAUUCCACAAUCAUCGCCAAAAAUGGCUCCAAAUAUAUACAACACCCCUUCGUAUCAAGGAGGAAGUCCCAGAGGUCAAAGGUUAUGGACCUUGAACUCCUCGCCUUUGAUCGGUAAACUAUCCUGA